GAGGACAGAGAGCCACUCUGCCGGUGGAGACUUCCUCACACACUCCUUCAUCACUCAGCCCGUCAGCGCGCUCGGUGCGUGGCGCACGGACAGAGCCGGGGCGCGCUGCUCACUGAGAAACAAACUCUAGCUUCUUCCGCAGGAUCAAACCUUCUUUUUAUGAAGGGUUUUUGUUUUAUGAAGUUAUUAUCAUUACUUUGAAACCGCGGUGUUAAUUUAGAGGAUGCUCGACUCAGCUUGGAGUAGAUGCUGCUUUGUGCUGUUUCUCGUCGCUUCUGUGAGGACGGAGACAUCCCAGGCGUCCGAGGCGCGUCCGAAAGCCAACUCCAUCAAGCCCUCUUCCCUGGAGGAGACGCCGACCCAGGCAGCGAACCGGUCCGCCCCGGUCACCAAGAAGCAGCGGCUCCUCCCGCAGCAGGUGUAUCCGUGCAGCAAUGACAAGGAGUGCAGCGUUGGCAGCUACUGCCACAGCCCGCAGCAGGCCGCGUCGCGCUGCCUGUCCUGCCGCCGCAGGAAGAAGCGCUGCCACCGGGACGCCAUGUGCUGCCCUGGGAACCGCUGCAGUAACUAUAUUUGCGUCUCCAUCUCUGAGAGCGUGCUGUCGCCUCACAUCUCUGCAAUAGAUAACCCCAACGUGUUGUCCACCAAAGACCACAGCUGGAGGAAGAAAGGGAGGGGCCAGCCUAAACAUGUGCUAAAGGGUCACGAGGGCGACCCCUGCCUGCGCUCGUCCGACUGUUCGGACGGCUACUGCUGCGCCCGCCACUUCUGGACCAAAAUCUGCAAGCCGGUGCUGCGGCAGGGAGAGGUGUGCACCAAGCAGAGGAAGAAAGGCUCCCACGGCCUGGAGAUCUUCCAGCGCUGCGACUGCGCCAAGGGCCUUUCCUGCAAGGUGUGGAAAGAUGCCACCUCCUCGUCCAAGUCCAGGUUGCACAUGUGUCAGAAGAUCUGAAGCGGAGGCAGCUGCCAUGGGCGCGGUGGCCUCUGUCUGCGUCUGCCACGGAAAGUUAUAAGGGAGAGAAUGGCUUGUGGCUGCACUGAGAGGGAGCAAAAGACAGAGACUAACAAGAGACAGAACAGACUGCUGCUGCGUGGGUUUCAAACCCUGCAAGCAGACAGCGAAUGGAAACGCUCUGAUGUGUUCGCCGCCACCGCUCUCACGCUCAAACACGCAUCUUUCAGACACACAGGGAUGGAAGAGCUUUUCUGCCUGCUUCAAAAUAAAACACAACAUGUUCAGCGAGCCACAGAGAGAGCCGACGGAUGCUGUGAUGGAUGUGGACUUUGUCAACGUGGAGACAACUGAUGCAGCAAACUUCUUUUUUUAAAGCUAAAAUACAUUAAAACGAAUAUUCAUUACAAAGCUUUCAAAUCAAUAUUUUAAAGUCAUUAUUCUAAUAUUUCUUAAAGGGGCAGUAUUAUGUAAAAUUUACUUUUUAUAAUGUUAUUCCUUCAUCAAAAAUCAACCUGGAGUGUUGUUUUACAUGUUUGAGAAAUCCUUUAAUCUCCAUGGCAACCAUUCAGUUGAGUAAAACACCUGGGUGGACCUAUCCACACCUUCGCUGCUCCUUCAGACUAGCCAGCAGGAAUUAGCAAUCACCUGGUGGAACGGCUGAGCUCACUGUAGGAGCUCCUUCUCAGUGAAAGGCUGGUAAAAAUAUUGUUAAAGGUUAAAAGAGGAGCCAUGUUGGGAUGACUUCCUGAGGGCGGAGUUUCAGAAAGAGCAGGAGUUCUUAAAGAGACGGAGGCCUAAUUUCAAGGCACAAAAUUAGGAAUCAAAUUUUUUUAUAGUCACAUUUCAUACAUACAACAUUUUUAUAACAACAGAACAUAUUUACUUAAUUAUGCUAUAAAAUGACACUGUGCCUGAAAAACACAUGAUGCUGCCCCUUUAAGGUUUAUCUUUGGAAACUAUUGUUUGCAUCCUUCGAACGGCUUUAGCUGCUUUCAUCCAACUCCACAUUCGCCUCAACCAAAGAAUACAGAACAUUCCCAGUGCAGUUAACGAGUUUCAUCUGCUGCACGAGAGAUAAAGCAUGAUUGUGUUGGCUUUGGAAGCCCUCAUUGAUCUGUCAGAUCCAGCUGCGAUCCGCCGGGAUCACAGUCGUGUGUGAGGUGGAGCUCCGCUGCAGACUCAGCGGUACCGGUACCAGACGGAAAGCCGCUCUGCUUUCCCAAUCACAUUAACGAGACUCCAGGAUAUGAGGAACUUAGGGUUUUUUUUUCCAUUUGCGAAGCCCGUAGGAAUGGAGACGUGGGGAGAUUGAUUACACAAAGCUGAUGUGUUCAAAGGGAAUCUGCCAUUUGAUUUCUUUGUUUUGUGGUGGCUCACAGCCUGAUUUGUUGUUCAGCCUCUUAAAUAUGACUGCAUACUUUCUUCUCAUCACAUAUUGUGGAACUUAAAUUUUGUUUUGGAUGGUUUUUUUAAAAAAAGCUCUAACCCUAAAACUCAUAAUAUCACUUUAAAACAUACAUCUUGUAAUCAUUUGAAAUAUCAAUAAGCUCUUUAAUGUAAAUAGACUGGAAGCAAUGUAUUUAAGAAUGGAUGUAUAUCGUGUACAUAUUAAUCCUGAAUGCUACAGCCAAAACGGUCAGGCAGAGAGGAGGAAGAGGAGGAAGAGGAGGAAGAGGAGGAAGUUACAGGUAGAACAAUAAUUUCCAAAAUAUUUUGUGUAAAUGGUGUGUAAAUGGUGUUAAGUUGUAUAUCCCACUAAAAUGAUUUGUGUGAAUAUUGUACGUUGAUUUGUUUUGUGUUUAUAUAAAGAUAAUGGAAGAAUAAAAGGAAUGUAUUUUGUA